AUGGCGCGCGUGUACGCCGACGUCAAUCAGCAGAUGCCAAGGGCAUACUGGGACUAUGACAGCGUGAACAUCAGCUGGGGUGUCUUGGAGAACUACGAGGUGGUCAAGAAGAUUGGCCGCGGAAAGUACUCGGAAGUGUUCGAGGGUGUCAACGUGGUUAACUACCAGAAAUGCGUCAUCAAGGUGCUCAAGCCGGUCAAGAAGAAGAAGAUCAAGCGAGAGAUCAAGAUUCUGCAAAACCUCUCUGGCGGACCCAACAUUGUCGCACUCCUCGACGUGGUCAGGGACAGCCAAUCGAAGACGCCCAGUCUUAUAUUCGAGCAUGUUAACAACACCGACUUCCGCUCUCUAUACCCCAAGUUCCAGGACUACGACGUGCGCUACUACAUCUACGAGCUUCUCAAAGCUCUGGAUUUCUGUCACAGCAAGGGCAUCAUGCACAGAGAUGUCAAGCCUCAUAACGUUAUGAUCGACCAUGAGAAUAGAAAGCUGCGCUUGAUUGAUUGGGGUUUGGCAGAGUUCUAUCAUGCAGGGACCGAGUACAAUGUGCGAGUGGCCAGCAGAUACUUCAAGGGCCCUGAACUUCUGGUCGACUUCCAAGAGUACGAUUACAGUCUGGACAUGUGGUCGCUAGGAGCUAUGUUCGCAAGCAUGAUCUUCAGGAAGGAGCCAUUUUUCCACGGCAACAGCAACAGUGAUCAGCUAGUCAAGAUCGCCAAAGUCCUCGGUACGGAAGACCUCUUCGACUACCUCGAUAAAUACGACAUCGAGCUGGAUGCACAGUAUGACGACAUUCUCGGACGCUUUCCAAAGAAGAGUUGGCACGCCUUUGUCAACGCUGAGAACCAGCGUUUCGUCAGCAAUGAGGCCAUCGACUUCCUCGACAAGCUUUUGCGAUACGAUCAUCAAGAACGACUUACCGCGAAAGAGGCCAUGGCGCAUCCGUACUUCGCGCCUGUGCGCCAGGCAGAAUACGAUCAGCAAAAUUCGAACAGUAUUCAUCAAUAA